AUGAAUAUAGUCGUGCUUUCUGGUGGAACAGCAGCCAAUGCACUGCUGCCCGCUUUUGAAGCAGUUUCGAACGAACUUUCCUUCAUCCUUCCGAUUUCCGAUAACGGUGGAUCCACAAGCGAAAUUCUGCGUGUUUUGGGUGGUCCUGCAAUUGGAGACAUUCGUUCUCGCAUUGUUCAUUUGAUAAAGGACGAGAAGUUAUCGUCUUUGUUGGGAUUUCGGCUGUCCACUGAAACUACAAGUGCCAAACAAGAAUGGAACUCGAUAGUGGAAGGAACUCACCAGGUAUGGAAUGGCUUUGAGAGUGAAGUGAAGGAUAUUUGCAGGUCGUUUUUGAUCCAUACUCAAGCGGAAAUACUCAAAAAACAUAAAUCUUCUGCUCCGUUUCAGUUCGAAAAAGCUAGCGUCGGUAAUCUGUUUCUCACAGGUGUCCGUUUAUUUUUGGGUUCAUUAGAUGCAUCUAUCGAGCUUUCUCUCCGCGUUUGUCGUUGCGAUGAGCGCACAAGCAUCAUUCCGUGCAUAAACACGAAUCAUACGCACCACAUAUCCGCGCUUUUGCAAAACGGUGAUGUGAUCACUGGCCAAUCUCAAAUCUCACAUCCGUCACGGCAGCAGGUUAAGAAAAGUGGCGGCUGCGACCGAUUGCCUGUGCUAAAGACCCAAAAUAUGAGCACAGAAUCGCUUGUGGGUCCUGACUCAUCAGUACUUUUGAAGACUCAAUACCCUUCGGACGAGCCAUUUGAGGAUUUCGAAGACAACGAGGAGUAUGCAUAUCCAGGAUACAUACACCCUGAACUCAAGCUGUCACAAUUGCAUUUCGAUAAACUCGACAUCGACGUCGAUCACCUACUGCCCGCCGCCAUAAAGCGUAUUUUCUACAUCAAUCCUUAUGGAGAAGAAGUGCUGCCACAGGGCAAUAGCCGGGCCGUUGCCAAAUUGAAAAAUAGCGAUAUGAUCAUUUAUUCUGUUGGAUCCCUGAUGACUAGUCUACUUCCCAUCAUCAUUCUUGGUAACAUCGCAGAGACCAUGCUGGAAAACGAACAUGCCAGGAAAGUGCUUUUAGUCAAUAACAAAUAUGACAGGGAAACGUUUGGUAUGGACGGCACGCAAUUUGUGCAGCUGAUUGCUGAAUCAAUGAAUAGGGCUCUGAACAAUCACAAACGCAGGAGAAGAAGUCAUAAAGCAGAGAGUGCAGGUGCAAUAGUGCCGCUACCCUGGACAAAUUUUGUUACAGACGUAGUUUACUUAAAAUAUGGCGAGAUUCCUGUUGACGUCAAAUUUUUGGAGCAAUUAGGCAUUCGGACUUUCGCUAUAGAAUCUGACACUUUCCAGGUAGACGCGCUGGUCGCAACGUUGCAAUCUUUGCAACCCUAA